AUGUGGCACCGGCUUGUGCUUCUCCCCUACCCGUCUCUCGCCGCCUCUCAGACUCUCAGUCUCUCGUCUCUCGUCUCACUCUCACCCUCACUCUUUGCACUUUUCAUGUCUCGUCCACAAAAUCUAAGACAUCCAUCUCGAACUUCGCUCACAGUCCUCGCCUUUCUUCGCACUAAUACAGCGGGACAAUACGCCCUCGUCCUCUCGUUCCCUCGCCUUCACCCACUCCUACUGGCCACCACGUCCACUCCUGCUCCCACGCCCGCUAGAACCUCUCUCUCCUCCAUACGGAUACUUCACGUCAGAGACACCACACUUACCUUCCCCGGCGUUGCUGCAGCUCGACAUGGACAUGGACCUGGAUCUGGCCCUCGACCCGAAUCUCUGACCCCGACGCUACCUCUACAUCUGAGCGCACCCUCACCCUCCCGAGUCCCGUCACCUUCACCCUCUCACACUCGCCUUGAGGAGGAUUCGACCCUCAAAAAGUACCUCAGUCUUUUGGCCCGUCCCGUCGCCGCGUUUCAACCAGCCUCGACUGUCAUAUCUUAA